GAAGGGUUAAUGCUAGAUUUGCCUACUGUGCGUCACAGUCGGAAGUAAUACCAACUUUCCUGACGAUGAUAACUACUACAUGUUGGUGUAAUCGGGAAGUUUCCUAAGUUAAUAAUUUUUCCCAAAGUUAAAAGAAAUGAGUCUAAAGAUUAACUCCGUAAUUUUACUUCGUUAUUUAGACUGCAAUGUUUGCGAGUAUUUUGAUUAAAACAUACCUUCAGAAGUUUACAGUGAUGUGUCAGCCUCGUAGAUCAAUACGGAACAUACAUACCCACCAAUUCGAGCAUUUUGCUAGACUUGCCCAACUCCCCGAGUUCUGAAACCUCUUGACACUUGGGUUGAUGCCUCAUUUUGACCAAGUAGCUGCUGCAAGAGAGAUUAUGCAUUCCGAAAAGUUUUGACAGGGUAUUCAAAUGAAUUCAAUGAGAAAAAGGAAAUCUCUGUAUUUAAUCAUCAGAAACAUAACAUUUCAGUGCAUCCCAGUAAAUCUUGGUGCAUGAUAAACAAGGUAUAAAAAUGCGGGAGAAGAGGAGAAGAUGGAUGAUACUGCAAUUCCAAGGCAGCUAAGCUUCAUUAUUUUUCAUGAGCUUACUUGUAGGUAUCUGAUACCUAUAGUGGACUGUGAAUUUAAACCUAGGUAGGUUAUACCUAUCCACCCACUUGAAAUGAUUCGCCCAAUUAAAUUCCAUUGGAGACGCUUUAAAAAAUUAAUUUUGAUCACUCUUGCACCACUUUUCUAUUUAUAUACAUCAUACCUACCAGCAGAAAAUUCACCAAACCAUGAAAGUUUUAUAAACAAUUACACAUUUACUUACAACGCUAGUGCUGUAGAGAAAAUUCCUAGUAAGUCCGAACUGCAAGUGAUAUGGAUUAAACAAAAGAUUCAAAGACUCUCACGCUCCACAUCAAAGUAUGAUAAAUUUAAGAUUCUCACCAAUGGAACUACGAAACCAAAUCGGAACGUUCAUAUUUUCUACUAUGCUUCCUUUAGAAGUCAGGACUAUGAUGGAGAAUGGAGAAAUUGGAAUUCGGACUCCACACUUGAUUCGGCAAUGGAUUUUCCCCCCUAUGAAUACAAUCCACCAGCAGAUAUAGCAUCAGUUUACUAUCCGUAUUUAGGGUGCUACAGCUCCCGUAACUUAUCUGUGCUAUCAGAACACAUGAAAAUUAUACGAAACACGAGUAUAGGUGUUGUGGCUGUUUCAUGGUGCCCUUUGGACGAGAAAGGCUUUCCUACAGACUUAUUCAGAUCAAUUUUGGAUUCAGCUUUGAAGAAUGACCUGAGAAUAGCUAUCCAUUUCCAAGAAUGUGGACAAAGCAAGAACAUGCUCCAAUUUGCAGCUCAAGUACAAAAAAUAAUCAACAACUUUGGAAAUCAUUCAGCUUUGCACAGAAUAUUACACAAGGGCGCAAACUUGCCGAUUUUUUACAUAUAUGCUUCCGAUAAUGACUUUCCAAAUCAGUACAGGUCAAUUUUACAUCAGCAUGGAAACAUGAGUAUCCGAGGGACCAUGUAUGAUGGUGUGUUUUUGGGUCUCUUGACAAAUUAUGAGCAAUUACGCUCAUUUAAACUAGCACAAUUUGAUGGUUUUUACACAUACUACGGCAGUAAUGGGCUCUCCUAUGGAUCAUCAUGGAAAAACUGGCAAAAUCUUGCCAAAUAUGCACAAAAUAACGGCCUUUUGUUCUCACCAUCAGUUGCCCCUGGUUUUUCCGACACAAGUGUUAAAUUCUGGAACUCAUAUCAAGAGAAACACCGACGAAAUGGGCGAUACUACGAAGUUGCCUGGCGGGCAGCAAUCACAACAAGCCCUCGCAUGAUAUCAAUUACUUCAUUCAAUGAUUGGCGGGGCGGGACACAGAUAGAGCCAGCCACACCACAGAAGUCACAACAUUAUAUCUAUAGAGAUUACUCUCCCUACGAUCAUUAUUUUUAUACAAAUUUAACAAAAUAUUGGCUUACUAUUUUCACCAAAAAAUUGAUAAGAACGUGACUUUUGUGACAUUAAACACGCUAAAACUAAUUGUUCCAAGGAGAGGAGAUGAUAAUGUUUCAAAAUGCUUACCUGGACCAUUUAGGUAUAUAUUGAUAAGUCAAUAAGUUAUUUUCUGAAUUCCACCUCCUAUUUUGAAACAGAGAUGAUAGCUCAAUUUUAAGUUAGAUCAUUAAAGAAUUAUUCAAGAAGAUAUUUUGAUACAAAUACUUCAGUGCAACCAAUUCAAUUGUGAAAACUGCGAUCACUUGGAAUGGCUUCAUUUCAAUUUUGAUGACUGAUCUUUUAAAAAUUUAUGCUUAGGUAUUGCUAAAUUGUUCAGCAGCACAUCAUUGACACAUCCUCACAGUUGCAGCACGUUGAAACAGCAAACAGUCUGCGCCAAGUUUUUGAUCAAAAAGGAAAUGAAUUAACAGCGUAUUCACCAGUAAGAGUCUUCCGCCAAAAGGGCCAAACCCCUUAGAAUUUAGCAUUCUAGUCUACGAAGAACCGCAUUUGAUGCAGGAUCUGUAAUGCUGUUACCGCCAACUAUCAUGAUAAUGUUCCUUUUAAAGACUCAAUGUGGCUGUUUAUUCUGACUCUAUCAGGACAUUCCUGAUCCAGUUCAGUGCACAAUGGAACUGUUGAUCUCCGCCUAGAAAAACUCCUUCCCUCAGAAAACGUUGUAAAUAUAAUAAAGGUUAAUCUGACUACAUCCAUCAUGCUGAAAAAUGCAACUUUCUCAAGAAAACCCUGCACAUUUUUCUUGAGCCAAAUCGUACGUAAGAAGAUUUUCUAGUUCUAUUACAAAAACGCCUAUCUGUUCCGGGAAAUCAAGGGAUGAUGUGUCAACUCUAUUGAUAAUUGUUGAUCGAUGAUCAACUUUGUGCAUGGUUAAACGGCCGUUUGCAUUCAUUGAAAACUGAGAAAAGCUGGAAAUUUUAGUGAAUCUUGGGUUAGUCGCACUUGUCUUGGACUCGUGUUUCAUGGUCAAUCUCUGAGGACUGGUAGAAAACUAAUAUUUAGGUAUUCACACCCAUUUCAAUUAACUAAAUUUUUCAGUAUUUCUUUUACCAUCUCACCUGACUUGAGAAAAAGAUGAAAUGGAAUGGAAUCCUACAAUACUUAUAGUAAUGAUGAUGAUGAUGAUUAUAAUGAUGGAAAUUUUAAAUUCUAGGACUGUUGAAAUUUAUAGAGGCAAAUACUAGAAACCAGAGCGUAAAAAACUAGCAAACCAAAAAAUCGUAAGUGAAGAGAGAACUUUCAACUUGCAUGAGCAUUGACAAAUGAUAAGAUAAAUUUGCAUUUUGUGUACGGGUGAUUGAAGGAUAACAGAAAUAAUUGAGAUACGCAAAAUAAAAGUGCACCAAUUUGUACCGAACUUCAUUUUCUCAUUCAGAAGAUAUUUAACUCCCUCUUUCCUUCUCGAACACAAAUUAUGACUUACGAGAGGAUCUUAAACUCGUACCUCCUCAAAAUCGAUCACCGUUUGGCCACAGAGUAGCUCAUGAAAAUCCAUUGGACACGUCUUUCAGCGUUUUUGCCAAUGUCCCCCGGAAAUAAUGGGUAAAAUCGACCCCAGUUAUGUCGCCUAUUUUCGGGGUGCGCAACAACGUGAAUGCCUGUGCGAUGCGCCGUGCGCAUGUGGUAGUAGGUUUGUUUGCGGCUCUGCUCUCUAUCAAGACCCACCAUCGCGUGAUGGACAGCGGCGACGUGAGUGGGAACGCACAGCUUUUUACAGAGUAACUAGCCGUGAAAGGCUCGCUAGCGAGCUGACACGCUUAGCCGGGGAGUGCCCCUGGACCCCCGGUUCGUCGCUUCGCGAUUGAAUUGCGACUCGCUCCGCGAGCCACUCCCGCCCCACAUGGUUUUUAACAAUAAUGAGAAGACAAAAUCUUCGUCUUCAUCUUCUUUUUCACAGAAAUCUAUGGUCUAGGAGACGAGACCGCAUUAGAGUGCGGCCGCCAUCUUGGAUUUUGAAAUGUUGAAAAUCUGACCAAAAAUUCGAGUUUCUCGUUGAAAAAUACCCCCUCUAACCGAGUUUCACGAAAAUCGAUUGAAGAGAAACCGAGAUUGCAUUUCAGGCCAGUGCCGCCAUCUUGGAUUUGGGAAUUAAGGAAAUCUGACCAUUAAUUCGGGUUUCCCGUCGAAAAAUACCCCCCGCUCCUGAGUUUCACGAAAAUCGAUCAGAUUGUAGGCGAAAGAAAAUGAGAGGAAGUCAAAGAAACAUACGACGAGUAUAAGAUGGAACACAAACCUACAGUAAAAAAUGGAUGACAGUUCUGAGGAGAUACUUAGGUGCAGGCAGGCCAACACCAUGUACGUGAAAGGAGUAGAAAGAUGGAAAAGUUCGCGAGGGAGCCACACAGUUGGAAGAUCGAACGUGAUCGAGGCACACGAGUGGGGUUGCUGUGACGUCACGCGACACAAUUCAACCUGUUCAGAGCAGAGCCCA